CGUGGCGGCGCCAGGCGUCCCAAGCCAGCACGCGGCGCGCCCCCUCCCCUACGCCAGGGGCCUCCUCGCGCGGUGCACGUCCGCGUCCCGCGCCUCCGCCUACUCCUCGCUCGCUAGGUCGCUCGCUCGCUCCUUCCCGCCCUUCCCGCAGCUCCGACCGAGCCGGCUUCCCCUCAGUCUCUCAUGAAUAUUGAGCGGCUCCUGUUUUAUUUCCCGAGCUCCAUUGCGGAAGCCUAGGCUCGCCAUAUUGUGCGGCGGCGCCGGCGGUCGCGGCGGUUGAUCCCCGAGUCUCGCUCCGGCCACGGCCAGCGAGCUCUGGGCUGAGGCAGGAGCCGCAAUGUCUCAGGCUGUGCAGACAAAUGGAACUCAACCAUUAAGCAAAACAUGGGAACUCAGUUUGUAUGAAUUACAAAGAACACCUCAGGAAGCAAUAACAGAUGGCUUGGAAAUUGUGGUUUCACCUAGAAGUCUACACAGUGAGUUAAUGUGCCCAAUUUGUUUGGAUAUGUUGAAGAACACCAUGACUACAAAGGAGUGUUUACAUCGUUUUUGUGCAGAUUGCAUUAUCACAGCUCUUAGAAGUGGCAACAAAGAAUGCCCUACCUGUCGGAAAAAACUAGUUUCCAAAAGAUCACUAAGGCCAGACCCAAACUUUGAUGCACUCAUCAGCAAAAUUUAUCCAAGUCGUGAUGAAUAUGAAGCUCAUCAAGAGAGAGUAUUAGCCAGGAUCAACAAGCACAAUAACCAACAAGCACUCAGCCACAGCAUUGAGGAAGGACUGAAGAUACAGGCCAUGAACAGAUUACAGCGAGGCAAGAAGCAACAGAUUGAAAACGGUAGUGGAGCAGAAGAUAAUGGCGACAGUUCCCACUGUAGUAAUGCAUCCACACACAGCAAUCAGGAAGCAGGCCCUAGUAACAAACGGACCAAAACAUCUGAUGAUUCCGGGCUAGAACUGGAUAAUAACAAUGCAACAGUUGCAAUUGAUCCAGUAAUGGAUGGUGCUAGUGAAAUUGAGUUAGUAUUCAGGCCCCAUCCUACACUUAUGGAAAAAGAUGAUAGUGCGCAGACAAGAUAUAUAAAAACGUCAGGUAAUGCGACUGUUGAUCACUUAUCCAAGUAUCUGGCUGUGAGGUUAGCUUUAGAAGAACUUCGAAGCAAAGGAGAAUCAAACCAGAUGAACCUUGAUACAGCCAGUGAGAAGCAGUACACCAUUUAUAUAGCAACGUCCAGUGGCCAGUUCACUGUAUUAAACGGCUCUUUUUCUUUGGAAUUGGUCAGUGAGAAAUACUGGAAAGUGAAUAAACCCAUGGAACUUUAUUAUGCACCCACCAAGGAGCACAAAUGAGCUGUUAAAAAUCAAUUCUGAGACUGAACUUUUUAUAGCCUAUUUCUUUAAUAUUAAAGAUGUACCAUCAUUACUUUUAUGGGCAGAUCUGGGAUAUGUUCUGUUUUCUUUCUGAGCCAUACUCGUUUACACUUAGAUUAAUUUCUCCUUAAUUUAAGACUUUUUGGAAAGGACUGUAGUAAUUCAGUGCUUUUUUUUUUUUCCUUUUAAUAAUAUAAGUUAUGUGCAUACACAAAGUAUGGUUCCUUCUAGAGCACCCUUUGACUUAGGAGUUUUUCAUAGUUGUGGAGUUUUUUUUUUGGAGGCAGGGUCUCAUUAUGUAGCCCUGGCUGGCCUGGAACUUACUGAGUAGACCAGACUGGCUUCAAACUUGCAGUGAUUAUCCUCUCUCCUUUCCAAGUGCUAGGAAUAUAGGUGUGCAUUACCACACCAGGCUUUAGUUUGAUACUCUUAAAGAUUCAGUUGGCCAUCUUUUCCUCUCUCUUCUCAAGUUUUUUAGGCCUAAAGAAUGUUAGACAAUAUGUAUUUGACUUUUUUCCCCUUGAAGUCUUGUAUAUUUAUAGUUUUGUAUAUAAACUGUAGUAUCUUCAUGAAGACUGAGGCUCAAAUUUACUGCGCUUAACAAUUCUCAUAGGAUUAUUAUUUUCAUGGUAUUUUCUUACAUAAUAUCUCAUUUUUAAAAAGAGGUUCUUUAUAAACUUAGUGUCCAUUGUCCUGCAAUGUUAUUUUUUUUCCAUUUUUUUCCCCUGUAAGUUUAGAAUUUAUGGUCAUGAGGAAGAGACUCAAACAAAAAAGUUCUAUGAGAAUAUGGUUCAUUUACAGAUUAACUGAAGUGCAAAAAGUUAAAUUGGUAAUGAUGUGUAUUCCUCAGUUGUAUAUUUAAGAGUUCUUUUGUAUUAGUUUUACUGUUGCUUUUACUGAUCUUCAUUAUGUAUUUGAUAACUUUUCCCUAUUAAAAUACCAGAGAUGCAGAGAUAUUUUGCACUUUAGCCUUGAUGAAAAGUACAAGAUAUGUUCAAAGCUUCCCCUUACUCUUUUCUUAUUGGUGGCCCCUUCAGAUUCAAGAAUAACAUGGCACAUAGAAUAAAAAUGGAAAACGAAGUUUGAAGAGUGUGCUUGGCAUUUUGAGUUGCCAUAUCUGUUUAUAAAUUUGGUGCUCUGCUAAUUACACUCUAUAGAAGCAAGUUAAUGGAGCUUGAACUUUACUUUGAUACAGAGUAAGAGAUAAUUCUGUAGAAGAAAUGUCAGCCAGUAGGGUAGUCAUUUGACUCUUAGUUUUAUAUUGAGACAGUGUUGACAUUUUGGGAGCCACAAGGCUUUAUGCUGACUAGUCAGAAAUAAUAUUGACGUAUGUCUUAUUUUUCAUUUUUGUCCUGAGUCGAGUCUAAGUAUGUCUCCAAGUUUAUAUUAUCACAGUAUUUACAAAGACCUGCUUGCAUUGAGAAAUAACCCCCACAGGGUUUUACUGGGAGGAAGUAGACCUCCAGUAUCAUUGUAACUAAAGUCUGUCUAGUCGUUGUAAAUAUUUAUCUGUCAGUUUUGACAGAUUGGGGCCAGCUUGAUGUUUUAAAUAUUGAGCCAAGUAUAAAAACUUAAAGGCUUACUCAAUUUUUUACCAUUUUAUUGAAAUUGUUUUUAUAAUUUUUUGGGUAAUCUGUGCCAUGAAAUUUGAAAACCACCAAAAAUUUUAAGAACUUUUAUAUUCAAUUCUUUUUCUGGGGUAAUGUUAAAUUGUAUAGAUUAUUAAUGCAUGUUUGCUGAAUAUAACCUUGGUUUUGUGAUGAAACUGCUUAGAUUUUAUUGAUGACAUAUUAGAUUAGUGAUUGUAUUAAAUAACUAAACUCCCAUUGUGGUUAUUAAUUGAAAUUUCAUCUUUAAGCAGAAAGUUAUUUGUGACCAUAAGCUUUGUGCUUAGAGAAUGUAUGUGUUUUUAUGUCAGUAUGGGAACACAUAAACUAUUUGCAUCAUUUAGUGAA